UUGCAAAAGAAAUGUGUUCCGUAAAAUGAUGAAGCUUUGGCGAGAUUACAGAUCAUUGACAAUGAAAGAAGUGAUGCAGCAAGCUAAAUCGGUAGGCUUACCACGUGCUGCUGCCCUCCUCAAACCUGAUAAUAUAGAUUCAAUGGAAGUGUGGUUGGAUUUUGUAAAAUCCAGAACCACAGAAGCAUUUAGGGAAAAGUGUGAAAGAUUCAGGUUGAUGCGACAAGGCAGAACCUUAUUGCAUAGAACAAGUAGAAAGAGUUUUGCAUGUCUUGAAGAAGAGCUGAAGCAACAAAGUGAGACACCAGAUGCAAUAUCAAGGUCCGAUAUUUGGCUUCGUGCCUAUGAAGUGAAGAAAAAAGCAGGUGAAGAAGUUGAGGAUCCGGAAAUAGUGAAACUAGUACGAAAGUACAAGGAAGAAGAAGAAGUAACACAACCAUUUUCGAUAAAAACUGAUGUUGUUGCCAAGGCACUUGGUCCUGACCCACGAGGAAGAGUUAGAGGACUUAGGUUUGGUGCACUCUCUUCAAAAGUGGAUGGUCAGACACACGUUUCUAAUAAGGUCACUAUGCUAGAGAACGCUCUUGCUGCUCAAACACAACAGGUGGACCGAUUGACAGAGUUAGUGCAAGGUCUCGUUGCUCGGCUAGACAAAGGAGAGAAUGUCAAUGUAAGUCUUCAACAUUAA